AUAGUUAUCACAGAGGCUCGCAUGACAAGGGUCAUACCUGGAGGAUUGUCGAGCCCUUCCAUGGUAAAAGUUUUUCCUGAGGCGGUCUGACCAUAAGCCAGAAUUGUGCCAUUAUACCCACACAUCACGCUGUGCACAAUAGAAUGCGCAACAUCGUCAUAGAUUUCUCGCUGAGUACUUGAACUUCCGUAUGUCCGGUCGAAAGUGAAGAGCUUUGGUUGCAUAUCCGGAUUCUUCAGGUUGCGCACCUGAUUGUCAGACAUUCCAGAGGUCAUUGGUUUGCCUCAAAACGUGCGAUUAGCAAUCACACUAAGCAUUUGCAGUGUGAUAUCUCUGACAUUGAUGACUUCAGAGCCCUGAUUUUCACUGAACAAAAGUGGCCACAUUUGUCACGUCAGUGAAACUUGUGAGUUGUUUUCCCAAUUACCGUCUCGAUAUCAGGUAGCUAUGCGAGUUCCUCAUGAAUCUUUUCCAUCUCGUAGCUGGUGCAUGGUCUAAGAAUUCCUUUCCAACUCGUGAACCUCUUACAGAAACCGAGAGAGGAGACUGCUCAGUUGAGAGAUGCAGCAACCUUUGCUUUUUGAGGUUGCCGCUUGUGAAUCCAAUAACAAAUUUGUUGCAAGUCAGCGGAAGAAGAUUCGUGGACUCCAUACGAACCUGAAUGGUGGAACGCUGGGUAUCGACCGUCACACAACUGACUCGCCCGUCUGAUAUUUCUCGUGGAUGAAGAGGCCGGCAUCGCACAACGACUUGAACUCGCUCGCGCCGCAUCUCGUUGUCGAUGAAACCCCGACCUUUGAAAUCCUUUAUUAAUGUUUCUUUCAUGAUCUUCGACAUUAUUUCUCUUUAUUCGAUGAAAACUUGAAUUUACGCCAAUCUCAACCUCCUUCUGCUUUCUUCUUCCUCACGCCUUCCACCGUAUCACUUCCCUCGUUAUUCGAAUGAAAUUUCAACACGAAUCGAGAAAGCUUGUAUAUAUCGCCCCUCGUAAACAAUCUCAAGCCCGCUUGACAAUGUGGCAAAUUCGGAAUCCCAACCGCAGGUUUCCGGCUUUAGUUGGUUGAAUAUUAUUCGAGGGCCUCAAGUUCACGAUGUAAGAAAGGCUCUAGAAUUUGUUCGUUGAGAGAAUCUGGUACUGGAAGCAGCAUAGUGAAAAUUAGCUCCGGUAUGUGGAGACUUGCAGUUGGCGAGAACUCGUCUCACCGUGACGGAAAAGUAAGGAAGCAGAAUCACAGCCCUGGGGACAAAAGCCUUUUGGUAAGAAUUCCAACCCUUCCUGAUAGCUGAGCUCCUACUCGAAACUUUCUGCCGAAUUUCGUGGCAUGGAUGCUCACGGAGAACACCAAACGGGAGGGCACUUGAAUCAGAAAUUUGCGCUCUCUUCUACAGGUUCAUUGAUCGGUCUUUGACAGUUGAGUCUGGUCUUCAAUCGACCGAUGGCUUACGAAGAAGUGUGCCCAAGCAAUUUCGACGUUGACUCGUGAAUAUGUCGGUGACCUAGAAAGCACAAAGGCGUACUUCCGGCCGGCGAUAUCGAGAUGGCCGUCGAGCGUUUUCUCGAAGAGGAAGGAGGCCGCUGACCGUGGUAGCAGGUGAUGAAUGGAUAACAGGACGAACGAAAAGAGAGCACGCAGGCUCGAUGUCAGGACCUGGCCAAAAUAACUGAAUGUGCAUAUUGAACACAGAGUGGGCGCUUUCAAGUUCUACAAAACGAGUGGCACCAGACGUUCUAGUGGCGAAGAAACACUACCUCUUCCAAGCCCAAUGAAUAGGUCGUCCAUAUCGCGAUAUCAUCCCAAUUUGAUUUCCUGAGUUGUGCAGGACAGAUCUCUCCAGACCUACACACACACAGUCACAAACUAGGUCCGCAGUCUUGUAUGAAAGUCAAGAUGGCUGAAAGAGAGUGUCUCGCCUGACAACCUUGUGCACAAUCUCAAAUCAACUGCAGUGUUGUGUUUGGGUAAAUCUAAGUAGGGCCCGUGGAAGAUGCAGUGAGGUGAGGCGAGGAGAGUAUGGCAGAAGGAUGGCGCGUCCUCGUUCAUGGUGGUGUAGCUCUGACCACUGAUCCGGGGCCUGCUGCAGCAUUUCUCCGUGCAUCCACACCGGGUGCAUACACGACGACGCGCACGUUGGAUGGAGCAUCCAGUCUUCUUCUUUGGGAACGGCAUAUGGCACGACUCUCCGAGUCCUUGAGCCUCCUUCACCAAGCUUCUCCACAUCUCUAUCCACAUCUGAGGGAGGGCAUAGAUGUUAAGAAGCUAGUCCUGCCCUCCAUAGCAGAGAGUCUUGCCAAAUCCAUUGAGCUAAGAAGAGCUGAGGAGGAAAUCAACCUCACGGUUCUCCUCUGUGGUUCUGAGAAAGAACAGGCACAGGAUAGCAGUGGUUGCGAAGUCUAUGUUCAUGCCUCUAACUACAGAGCUGUCAACAGAGAUGAAAUUCUUCCUGGAGCGCGGGUGGCUGUCAUGGGGCCUGGGCGUGAACUAGCUCGUGCAAAGUACUCGUUGUGGGCAAGUACCCGUCAGGUUCUCGAAAAUGUGAAACCUUCCAACAUAAAUGAGAUCAUUUUAUCAAACGACGGAGACUCUUUACUGGAGGGAACACUGACAAACUUUUUCGUAGUGAAGGUCAGAGAUUCAAAGACUUGGAAUGAGGAGAACCACCAGAAAGCAGCUGAAAGUGACGACCAUUCUCGCUUUCAGUUGACUGAUUAUGAGGUUCUGACUGCACCGCUCAGUGCUGGUGUUUUGCCCGGCGUGAUGAGAAACUUGGUGAUCGAGGUCUGCAUCGAAGCAGGAAUACUGGUUCGUGAGUCUUCACCAUCCUGGUCUAGCCAUCUCACGUGGAGGGAGGCAUUUCUAACAAAUGGUUUGCGGAUUCUUCAACCCGUGACAAGCAUUCAGAUGCCAGCCUCAGGGUUCAAGCCUUGGACUCAAGGCUUGGACCCCAAGCUGUUCACAGAAACCGAAUGGCAAAGCUUCAACUUGGAGGUGUGCGGGAGAGUAACGCGACAUAUCCAUAAAUUGGUCAUGGACCGUGUUUGUCAGCUGUCCAUUCCUCUCAAAACUUUUACCUAUAAAUGAUCAUCUGCUAUCGAGAUCGUUAACAGCAACCGAGGAUACAUAGAAUGUGUGGCAUCUCCACGGUUUUGUGGGAUUCCAUUUGACAAGGAAAUGUAAAUUUGAUCACCCUUGUCCAGUGACUUCAAUGUAGAGACAAGCUUGACUCUUAACAGUCCAGAGUUACUGAGAAAGCAUAAUUUGAGAACGGGUCUGUCUAUACUCCUACACAAACCACUUAAGUUCCAAGUUACAAUAGAUCACUGUCAUUGAGUUACAAAGGUGGAAGUAAGCGAUCCCGGGCAGAUGUUGCUGCCCAGUGUUCAUGAUCAGUUCGCUGUUGAAAUGAUCGAUUCUGGGUAACUACCACAUCCGACUCUCAAGUGUUUAAGUGUCGCAUCUCAUAUCCUUGAUUCC